UACAAUUGUCUUCAUAUAAUAUUUGUUAUGACCGUGAUGACAAAAGAAUUGAAGGAUUAUGCUGCAAGCUCAAUAUUGCUCGUUAAUGGUGUCAGAAUCCAAAAGCACAAGUGA